GUUAAAAUGGGACGAAGACAAUAUUCAACUGACCGAAAGUCAGAAGAAUUCAACAAUGAAAAUUUCUGAGCCUAAAACACCAUUUAUUCAUUAUAAUCAAGAAACUGAUGAAAUUAUGACAGAUCUUCGGACUAUCCCGGGACUUACGUUGGAAUCUAGUAGUAGUACGGAAAAUAAAAAUUUAAGGUCUAGUAGUGUUUCUCCGGUGGGAUCACUUUCUUCGGUAUCCCCCUCUUCCGCACAUUUUCCUGAUUCGAUUAAAGAUGAAUGGGAAUCGGAGGGGCAUUCAGAUGAGGAUGAAGAAACUAAAGAAAAACGACGUCGUCGAUUUGCUGAGCUUAGAGCUAAGCAUUAUAAUAUGAAAGAAGCACUUAGUUUAGGUCAUAAGUUAGUUGAAAAUGACAUUGACGAAGAUGAUGAUGAUAACAGUAAUGUUAGUGAGUUGAAAGCUAAAAUCCUAGGUAAAAAACUGGAAGAAGAGGAAAAUAAUAAAAAUAGUUCAACAUCAAAUGGUGGCGUUGACGAUGAUUUUAUGGAAACGCAUUCGGCGUCUUUUGCAUGUGUUGAAUCGAUAAACAAUCAGCCAACAAUGGGGACCGUCAACGGUGUCAACGGUGGAACAAUUCUCAGCUUUACACCAACUCCUUCUUUACACGCCGUAACUAGCCGAAUGCCUUCGCAUCAUCAAAACGGUUGCGCAAAUUUCACCUUUCAGCUUCCCUCAACUGUUAACGCCUCAAAGAAGAAUACCAAUUCUGCCGAAAGGCGUGCCAAUCACAAUGCAGUUGAACGAGCUCGACGCGAAUGUUUAAAUACCAAAUUCCAAGAACUUGCUCAUGCUCUUCCAUCCUUAGCUCAAGUUCGGAGGCCAUCUAAAUCAAUAAUCGUGCAAAAAUCUUUAGAGUUCAUUUAUAAAUCACGUCAAAGAGAUGAUAAGCACGAUGAAGAGAUGCGAAGCAUUCGCAUAAGUUCCAAUGAGAUUCAACUCAAGACCGAAGAUUCUCGAUCUGAUGAUGAUUGUAGUAAUGACGAUGAUUACGAUAUAGAAUCUUCAGAGUUGAUAGAAAAUAAUAUAGAGACAAAUCAAACGACCAAGCAAACGAAUCAACAGACCGAAAACCCAACAUGUUUUUAUGAUAGUACUUUCACAAUGGAUAUGUCGCCAAUCGAUCAUUUAGUAGAUGCGAAUUCGUUACAUUUACAGUUUGAUCACGAUCCGUUAAAUGGUAACGAUAUGAGCCCAUUUUGCGAUUCAUUUUCAAUACAACAAAUACCACAAAAAUAUUAUCCGUCUCCACCUUUUGAAGCGACACCAAUGUGUGAUAUAUCUACGCACAUACAGGGUUUUAUGUAG